CAUUGGCCAGUUCGAUUGAGCAACCAAAGCAAGCAAAUUUUGAAGCUUUUAAAAACACAGAGUCAAAGCAAACUAUUUUCACUGCUUUUUUUUUCCUUUUCAAAAUCUCAGUUUUUUCCUUACCUCAGUCAAUUGACUGUUUCCAUCUCUUUUGAUUUCUUAAAACAAAACAGCAAAAACCCUUUUUUUUAUUUAUUUUGGUUUGGUUUUUCAUUAUGGCUCCAAGCUUGACGAAGGUUAGUUCUGGUGUUUCAGGCCUAGUUGAUGGCCAUAACAACCAGUCAUUAAUCUCACUGGAAGGCUCAAACUUCAUUGCCAAUGGCCACGUUUUUCUCACUGAUGUCCCUGCUAACAUCACUGUUACUCCUUCCCCUUAUGUUUCCACCACUGACAAAUCAAUUCCCAGUGUUGGAUCCUUUGUAGGGUUCGACACUGUUGAAUCCAACAGCCGCCAUGUUGUUCCCAUUGGGAAGCUGAAGAACAUCAAGUUCAUGAGCAUUUUCAGGUUCAAAGUCUGGUGGACCACUCAUUGGGUUGGUUCCAACGGGAGCGACCUUGAAAACGAAACUCAAAUGGUGAUCCUCGAUAGAUCAGACUCCGGCAGGCCUUAUAUCCUCCUCCUCCCUCUCAUCGAGGGCCCUUUCAGGGCUUCGCUUCAGCCCGGAACAGACAACAACGUCGACGUUUGUGUCGAAAGCGGCUCGACGAAGGUGGCCGCAGCCAGCUUCCGGAGUGUUGUUUACGUUCACGUCGGCGAAGAUCCGUUCAUUUUGGUGAAGGAUGCCAUGAAAGUGAUUAGGACUCACCUUGGAACCUUCAAGUUGUUAGAAGAGAAAACCCCACCAGGGAUCGUGGACAAAUUUGGUUGGUGCACGUGGGACGCAUUUUACCUUACCGUGCACCCUCAAGGUGUUUGGGAAGGUGUGAAAGGUCUUGUCGACGGUGGGUGCCCACCAGGGCUGGUGUUGAUUGAUGAUGGGUGGCAAUCCAUUAGCCAUGAUGAGGACCCCAUCACUAAAGAAGGCAUGAAUUGUGCCGUGGCCGGGGAGCAAAUGCCAUGCAGGCUCUUGAAGUUUCAAGAGAAUUACAAGUUUAGGGACUAUGUUAGCCCAAGGAGUUUGGCUAAUGGUUCCACUAAUAUGGGCAUGGGUGCCUUUAUCAAGGACCUUAAGGAGGAAUUCAACACUGUAGACUUUGUUUAUGUGUGGCAUGCCCUGUGUGGAUAUUGGGGUGGUUUAAGGCCUAAUGUCCCUGGAUUGCCGGAAACCAAGGUUAUUAAGCCGGAAUUGUCUCCGGGAUUGAAGAAAACGAUGGAGGAUCUUGCCGUCGAUAAGAUUGUCAAUACAGGUAUUGGAUUGGUGCCGCCGGAGAUGGCUGAUCAACUUUAUGAAGGAAUCCAUUCUCAUUUGGAAAAUGUUGGAAUUGACGGAGUUAAAGUUGACGUGAUUCAUCUGUUGGAAAUGUUGUGUGAAAACUAUGGUGGAAGAGUUGAUCUUGCAAGAGCUUAUUAUAAAGCUUUAACAGAUUCAGUUAAAAAGCAUUUCAAAGGCAAUGGUGUUAUUGCCAGUAUGGAACACUGCAACGAUUUCAUGUUUCUUGGAACAGAAGCCAUUUGUCUUGGUCGUGUCGGGGACGACUUUUGGUGCACUGAUCCAUCAGGUGACCCUAAUGGGACAUUUUGGCUCCAAGGUUGUCACAUGGUGCACUGUGCUUACAACAGUUUAUGGAUGGGCAACUUUAUCCACCCUGAUUGGGACAUGUUCCAGUCCUCCCACCCUUGUGCUGAGUUCCACGCUGCUUCAAGGGCCAUCUCCGGUGGCCCAAUUUACAUCAGUGACACCGUUGGCAACCACAACUUUGCUCUCCUCAAACGCCUCGUUUUACCCGAUGGUUCGAUCCUCCGCUGCCAGUACUACGCUCUUCCAACCAGGGAUUGCCUAUUUGAGGACCCUCUCCAUGAUGGAAAAACCAUGCUCAAAAUCUGGAACUUGAAUAAGUAUACUGGUGUGAUUGGCGCAUUUAACUGCCAAGGAGGCGGAUGGUGCCGAGAAACUAGAAGAAACCAAUGCUUUUCCGAGUUUUCGCAUACGGUAAAGGCCGAGAUGAAUCCAAAAAGCAUUGAGUGGAACAGUGGAAAGAACCCAAUUUCCAUUGAAGAUGUCCAAGUAUUCGCCAUGUAUUUUUCUCAGUCCAAGAAACUAGUCCUCUCAAAACCGGCUGAAAACAUGGAAAUCUCGCUGAAACCAUUCGAUUUCGAGCUUAUAACCGUAUCGCCGGUCACUGUAUUUGGUAGAAAAUCAGUCCAAUUCGCCCCUAUUGGACCAGUGAACAUGCUGAAUGCCGGUGGUGCCAUCCAGUCAUUAGCCUUCAAUGAAAGCUCAGUUCGAAUUGAAUUGAAGGGAGCCGGUGAAAUGAGAGCCUUUGCUUCGGACAAGCCGACAGCUUGCAAAAUUGAUGGGAAAGAUGUUGGGUUUGAGUUCGAGAACAACAUGGUCGUUGUUCAUGUUCCAUGGCCAGCUCCUUCUGGUUUAUCCACAUUAGAGUAUCUGUUUUAAGUUACUGACUUAUUGACUUGGUAGAAUAACAGUGUAAUGACGUUAUUUCAAUUCCAAAUGAGUGAAAACUUUUAAGACUACGUAAGAAUUUAAGUUAAUUGGAUUAUAAUAUACAAGUAUUUUUUCUCUUUA